AUGCUUCUGCUGGAGAAGGUGCACCCGUCCAUCCAAGCCGCCGUUGACCGCGUCCUAGCAGGGGCGAACAAAACGCCCACCACCGUUGUGCGGGACUUUGACGGCUGCGAGUACCAUAUACGCGUUGAGCGGCAGCAGGCAGCAGCAGCGGCGGCUGGGGAAGGGGAGGGGGACGGGAACAGCGCUGGUGGCCAGGCGGAUCAGCAGUGCUGUGCCUCGGUGACGGUCGCGCUUCGCCACACGACGCCGUUCAAUGAGCUGGAUGCUCACCACAACUUUGACGAGGUCCUUUCGACCCUCUUCCCGCCACCUCUCCGCAAGUUUUUGAAGUCGGAUACGUUUGGCCGUAGCAGCGGGGAAUUUGUGGUGGAGAUCCGCAUUCCCGCAGCCGCGUCGGAGAGAACACGGUGUGAGGCGCUGCAGGCGGCAGGGCAGCUGCGCAUCUGGAGCUAUAUCCCCGUAUUUGCCCGACAGUGCGAGGUGUACCUGACGCGGCCGGAGCUUGUGAAGCCGAUGCUGCUGCACUACCACGCGGGGGAGGAGAUGCUGCUGUUCAGCCACAAGGGAAGUUUUCUCGUCCUUGUGGCUCUGCGCGUCGCCUCAAAGGACGAGGCGGUCUUUACGCGGCACUUCCUCCAGACCAUGAUGGAUGCCAAGAAGCUGCAGCGUGAGAUCAGCGCGGCACCGGCCUUUGCGUUUGACCACGGCAAAGUCCCUGACUCGAUGCCUAAGGGUAUGCCAGUCGCGUGUGGGAGCGAUCCCUGUGUCUUCUGGUGCAGCUUCCAGUUGUUUAGGCGGCAGAUGGAGCCAAUGGAGCACCUCGUAGAGACCGUCACACAGCUAGUGAACUUCCGCAGCACGCUCGCGUACCACAUCCACGCGGGGAGGACGUACAUGCACAGCAUGAUGCGGAAGCGGGUGGAGAUGAGCCUUCAGGUACUCAAUAGGGCCAAGACGAAGACGACGGGCAAAGCCAAGAUUGCUCUUCAAUGA